AUGGCCUUCUAUGAUCCUGCCAAAGAAACAACCCUGACUGUUGAUGCAAGUCUUGUCGGUCUUGGGGCCAUACUGUCUCAGAUACAAGAGGAUGGUACCAUACGCAACAUUUCAUAUGCAAGUCGCACCCUUACCCCCACUGAACGCUGCUACUCGCAGACAGAAAAAGAAGCCCUUGCAGUGGUAUGGGGCUGUAAAUGCUUCCAUUUGUAUCUUGUAGGUAAAGAAUUUACCCCCUACACUGACCAUAAGUCACUUGAACCGAUUUAUAGCCCUAAAUCCAAACCACCACCACGCAUUGAGAGAUGGCUUCUCCGAAUGCAGCAGUACCUGUACCAAGUGCAAUACCGACCAGGAUCAUCAAACCCUGCUGAUGUGUUAUCCCGUCAACCAACAGAAACAU